AUGGCGGGCGGCGCGGCAGUGGCGCCGAGCGCGUCGGCCGGCAAGCGGCAGGACUACCCCGGCGGGCUGACCCUGUUCGUGUUCAUGGCGUGCAUGGUGGCGGCCACGGGCGGGCUCAUCUUCGGCUACGACAUCGGCAUCUCCGGCGGCGUCACGUCCAUGGACCCCUUCCUGAGCCGCUUCUUUCCGUCGGUGUACCGGAAGCAGGCAGAGUCGGCGGACGGCGGCAACCAGUACUGCAAGUUUGACAGCGAGCUGCUGACGCUGUUCACGUCGUCUCUCUACGUGGCGGCGCUCGUCGCGUCGCUCUUCGCGGCGUCCGUCACCCGCGCCGCGGGCCGCAAGUGGUCCAUGUUCGCCGGCGGGGUCACCUUCCUGGCGGGGUGCGCGCUCAACGGCGCCGCGGUGAACGUGGCGAUGCUGAUCCUGGGCCGGGUGCUGCUCGGCGUCGGCGUCGGGUUCGCCAACCAGAGCGUGCCGCUCAUGAUCACGCUGGGGAUCCUCAUCGCCAACCUCAUCAACUACGGCACGGCGAAGAUCGCCGGCGGGUGGGGCUGGCGCCUCAGCCUCGGGCUGGCGGCCGUCCCGGCCGCCAUCAUCACCGUCGGCUCCCUGUUCCUUCCGGACACGCCCAACUCCCUCCUGGAGCGCGGCCGGCCCGAGGAGGCGAAGCGGAUGCUGCAGCGAGUGCGCGGCACCGACGACGUGGCCGACGAGUACGACGACCUGGUGGCGGCCGGCGAGGCGUCCAGGGCGGUGACGCACCCGUGGCGCGACAUCAGGCAGCGGCGGUACCGGCCCCAGCUGGUGAUGGCGGUGGCGAUCCCGCUGUUCCAGCAGCUGACGGGCAUCAACGUGAUCAUGUUCUACGCGCCGGUGCUGUUCAAGACGCUGGGCUUCGGCGGCACCGCGUCGCUCAUGUCGGCGGUGAUCACCGGGCUCGUCAACCUCGUGUCCACGCUCGUGUCGGUGUUCACGGUGGACCGCGCCGGGCGCCGCGCGUUGUUCCUGGAGGGCGGGGCGCAGAUGCUGGCGGCGCAGGUUGCGGUGGGCGCCCUCAUCGGCGCCAAGUUCGGGUGGAGCGGCGUGGCGACGGUCCCGGCGGGGUACGCGGCGGCGACGGUGGUGGUGAUGUGCGUCUACGUGGCUGGCUUCGCGUGGUCGUGGGGGCCCCUGGGGUGGCUGGUGCCCAGCGAGGUGAUGCCGCUGGAGGUGCGGCCGGCGGGCCAGAGCAUCACCGUCGCCGUCAACAUGCUCAUGACCUUCGCCGUCGCGCAGGCCUUCCUCCCCAUGCUGUGCCGCCUCAAGUUCGUGCUCUUCUUCUUCUUCGCCGCCUGCGUCGUCGUCAUGACGCUCUUCAUCGCGCUCUUCCUGCCGGAGACCAAGGGUGUGCCCAUCGAGGACAUGGCCGGCGUCUGGAAGACGCACUGGUACUGGAAACGGUUUGUCAACGACGGCGACGACACUGACGGCCAUGGAGUCGACAUCGAGAUGGGCUGCGUCGGCGAGGCAAAGAAGUAG